CAGCUUUUUGGCUCGCUCUGCCGCUUGCCUGCGAAAGGCUUACGCACCUCAGGCAGCAAAUAUAGCCGUCGGUGCGCGUUAUAGUCUCGCAGUCAUUAUCUGUUCUUGCGCAACAAGCGACGCCAGGAGACACCAGGGUAAGCAAAAGGCGUAAGUUGCUGCCAGGGGAACCGCGCGAGGCGACGCCAGGAAGUACCCCAGGACAGAGCUGCGCGAAGCGAUGUCGCUCGUCCCCGACGACGAGCUCGCGAAAUUAGUGAGGGAGGAGCCCGCCGGCGCGCGCGACCGCAAGGAGGAGGCGCCGGGCGUCGACCACCCCGCCCCCAAGACCGCGCCCGACGAGAACGAGCUCAGGCUCAGGGAGGCCGCCGCGCUGCGGAGCCAGGUCGCCAACUACGAGGCCGCGCUGCGCGCGAUCGACGCCGAGGCCGCGGCGCUCGAGGCCGGCACGCACCCGGAAUUUGUAGCAAGGGCCGCGCCGAUUACCGCCGCGCGCGACGCGCGCAUCGCGCGGAGCCAGCGCGCGCACCGGGCCCAGCUCGCCGCUUUAGACAAGCUGCGCGACGCCGAGGUCCAGGCGUCCGAGGACGAGGUGAAGCGGCGCGUCGCGUCGCUCGAGGCCAAGCUCGCCGAGCGCAAGGCGGCGGCCAAGGGCGAGGCGCCGCCCGAGGCCGGCGCCUCGCGGUCGCUGCGGUCCCAGAACGACGGCCGCCGGUCGCCCGCGCGGCGCCACGGGCCCGCGUCGUCGCUCAUCGCCGGCGAGCUCACGGACGACCAGGCGUCCGACGACCUCGUGGCCAUCGCGACGGCGUUCGGCGGGGCGACGGCGUCGGCCUAGAGUAUAAUAAUUACUAUUGACA